GAUUGGUUCUCAGCCGUAUCCGGUGGGGCAGCGGUCCAGAGCUAGAGAAAAAAAUCGAAACGAGGAGGAGGAUCUGGUAACGGUGCGCUUUGUGAAAUAUCAUACAUCCCGAGUCUCCGUCGAAAGGCUCGGAAGAUUUUUUACAGUUUAUUGUUAGAGGUCACAGAGCAGGUUGGUUGUCAUGGCAUCUGGAAGUACGAGCAGUGAAGAGGAGCGAAGCCUCAGGGAGUGUGAGCAGUACGUGCAGAAACACAACAUUCAGCAGCUGCUGAAGGACUGCAUCGUCCAGCUGUGCACCUCCAGGCCAGACAGGCCUAUGGCCUUUCUCAGGGAGUACUUCGAGAGGCUUGAGAAGGAGGAGGCCAAGCAGAUUCAGAACCAGCAGAAGGCCAGCAGUUCUCGUUCAGACUCGCGUGAUGAGGAGGUGUCCCCACCCAUGAACCCGGUGGUAAAGGGACGCCGGCGGAGAGGAGCCUUCAGUGCGGAGGUUUACACAGAGGAGGAUGCAGCUUCAUACGUCAGAAAGGUCAUUCCAAAAGACUACAAAACAAUGGCUGCUUUGGCUAAAGCCAUCGAAAAGAACGUGCUCUUCUCACACUUGGAUGACAAUGAGAGGAGUGACAUAUUUGAUGCAAUGUUUCCAGUAACCUAUAUUGCUGGGGAAACGGUUAUUCUGCAAGGUGAUGAAGGUGACAAUUUCUAUGUCAUCGACCAAGGGGAGAUGGAUGUGUAUGUGAACAACGAGUGGGUGACCAGCAUUGGGGAAGGAGGCAGCUUUGGAGAGCUGGCUCUGAUCUACGGCACCCCGAGGGCAGCUACGGUCAGAGCCAAGACCAACGUGAAACUGUGGGGCAUCGACAGAGACAGCUACAGGAGAAUACUCAUGGGGAGCACUUUGAGAAAGAGGAAGAUGUACGAAGAAUUCCUCAGGAAAGUAUCCAUUUUAGAGUCUCUUGAUAAAUGGGAACGUCUGACAGUUGCUGAUGCCUUGGAACCCGUCCAGUUUGAGGACGGACAAAAGAUCGUUGUGCAGGGAGAGCCUGGAGAUGAAUUCUUCAUCAUCUUAGAGGGUUCUGCAGCUGUUUUGCAGCGUCGCUCAGAGAAUGAAGAGUUUGUUGAAGUGGGAAGAUUAGGACCAUCUGACUACUUUGGUGAGAUUGCGCUGCUGAUGAACCGUCCUCGUGCUGCCACCGUGGUCGCCCGCGGCCCCCUGAAGUGCGUCAAGCUGGACCGGCCUCGCUUCGAGCGUGUCCUGGGCCCCUGUUCGGACAUACUGAAACGCAACAUCCAACAGUACAACAGCUUCGUGUCGCUCUCUGUCUGAAGGAGCGACUCUCCUCUUCCUCUCUUCUGUCCACACCCCUUCACCUUCUUCUCUCCUUUCAGACCCAGGGUCCACAAUGCAAUUUGCUUUUUUUUUUUUGGUCACAUUUUUCUCAUUUCCUUUAGCUUUUUACCCCCUCUCUCCUCUCUUUGUUACACACACAGAUCAUUUUGCUGUCAUGCAGCGGUGACUUUUAGCCACUCACCAGCGCUUGUACCAGCUGCUGUACGCUACCUUGUAGGCACAGUUACAUCACAUGUUACUUAUGUUUUUUAUAUAUAAAUAUAUAUUUGCUGGUUACACUUUGUCUUUAGAUUUAAACUCAAAGCAGGAGAUUCUGAAAGAUUUUAGGGUCUUAGACUGAUGAGACAGACAAUCAGACCUUACAAGGCGCUUUUGGUUAAUUUGUUAGAUUUAUCUUGCAGGUUAAGGUGAAAACUGCUUAUUCACUCUUUAACAUGUUCCUUUUUGACAUCAGUUAGCUUGAUUAGAUGUACAAAGCAGGGCCUAAAAACUAUAGAAGACAGGAAGAAUAUGAUUGCAUCAAACCGUCAGCCUUUUUUUCCUCUUGAGUUUCAGCUGUAAUAUAAUGCUCAGUUUGUCAUACUUUGGUUCUCUUUAAUGUGUGAUGAGACAGCCAUGUGUGGGUUUGGCUUAGUUUAAGAGAGCUUGUACAACUUAAGCUUUUUAAUUGUGCAGCUACCAGGCUAGUGCCAAAUUUGAUUAUUGUCACAGCGCAAAGAUGCAUAGCUGCCGAGAUGCAGUGCGUGUUCUGUCGCCUGGAGCUCCAACAGGAAGUAGUUACCACCCUUAUCGUCCUCGUAAUACAUAGAAUGACCAUACAAGAACUGCCUUGAAUAUAAUGAGAAGAAAAUACAAAAAUAGAGAGAGAAAAAAAACGUAUUAAGUCAGUAUUCAGUUUAUUUAGUAUAUACCAAAAAACUUGGUCACUUCUGCUAUGGUUUGUAAUGAAAAUGUUAUCAUAGUAUAGUUAAAUUAAUCAUAGUUAUAUUAUUGUCAUUGACAAAAUUAUAAAACUUCUGGUUUGGAGUGAUGGUGAUCUUUAAAGAUAUGUUUAUCUGUCUUUUGUAAACACUUAUUUUUCCAUAAAUUCUAUUUUAGGUGUCCAGUGCCACAAAGUAAAUAAAUGCUUCUUCUUGUCAACUGACAUUAACAGUAUGUAAUUGUAUUGUGUAAAAUGUCAUGGGAAACUUUUUAAAAAUAAAGGCUAAUUACAGUUUUAUUGAAGUGAAGUCUUGGAGAAUUGGGUGGGGAAGGGGUUAUGGGUUAACGUAUUUUCAGGACAUCUAAAGUAUUUAUGUAUCAAAGCUUCACCCAGGUGAGCUGACAGGCAGAUCAAGCAGAUAUUUAUUUAAAACUAGUGUCAUUGCUUAUUGCCUGUUUGAAAAGGUGGCUGUCUUUUCAUCAGAGUAGCUUGUGACUUGUUCUCUAUGCUUACUUGGUAUGAUGUUUUUAGGCAUCCAGUGAUCUGGUGUGAAUGGAGGCGUGUAUUUAAAAAAAUAAACAAAAAAAAACCUUUCUUGCAGCUUUGUGCAGGAGCAGGAACUUUUGUCAAAUAUUCGGUUUGUUACUCGCUAGCUUAACUGCUUUAAGACUAUUUAAAUGGCAUAAAAUGUUUUUUUUUUUUUUUUUUUUUUUUCUCCCUUAUUUUCAAAGAUCUUUACCAAAUGACACGAUGUUGACUUCUGGAUUAUAGGCUUAACUCUUCAUUCCUGCCUCAUCGUCUUAUACCAGAAUUGACCUAUAAUCAGUUGUCUGUUUUGUCUCAUUCAGAGCACUUGUAUGCCCUUAAAAUCAAGACGUGUUUGAUUUUUGGUGCCGACUGAAGAGGAGUUAGGUAGGUGAGAUGAGCCUUUGAUAAGGGAUUUGAGUUCUUAAACUGAUCAUCUGUUCUCCCUAAACUUCAGGUUAUCCUUGUGGAUGUGGUUAUAUAUGGAUUUAUGUCUUCUGACAACACAUCCUAUUCAUCCCGAUCCACAGGAGAUGACUCCGUUAGCGGUGAAGGAUUCACUUUUGUCAAAUCAUAUUCUUGUAAAUAGCUGCAUCAUGGGUCAAAACGUUUUUAGCCACACUGCAAUCGUCCCGGUUUGCCUUAGCUUACCUAACCUGGGCUUACAGUAGUAGUCAGUCACUCCUGCUAGCCCAACCUUCAGUGAGUUUGUUCGGGCGUGCGGCACAGGAAGCUGCAAGCCAUCAGAGGACCAUUCUUUUUCUAUUCCACCCUGUAUUUAGUUUGACCUUCUGUAUGUGCAAAGAUGUUUAUCCUUUUGGUAUAGAUUGUUCCAGAUGGCAGUUUAAGCAAUAAAAAGAAGUAAAAA